UGUCACUGUCAACGAAACCGUACAUAACACCUUCAUUCAACACAACACCAGAUUCCGAUUAGAUCAACCAAACGACACCGUUCCGGCAGCCAUGACGGAGAAAUCCACCGAACACGUCAUCUCCGACGUCAUCCUGCCGGCGCCGGUGCCGGUACCACCUCCAAUCAACAUAAUUAACUUCGAAAACUACAGAAUCAACAACAAUAGUUGGAGUAAUCACGAAAUAACCGAAGAAGACGACGAAGAAGAAGAAGAAGAAAACGACGACGUUCGCAACAGAACAACGAGACUAAUGCCGUCAAUAACCGAAGGAUAUAAUGAAGGUUACAGUAACAGUAGUGAGUUGUUUGGUUAUGAUAGUGAUCGGAAUGUGAACGACGUCGUUUACGUGGUGACGUGGAGAGGAAGUGAUGAGUUGUUGUCGGCGAGUAUGGAUGCGCUUGUGUGGACUAUUGGUAGUGGUGUUUAUGGAUCCGGCAUUGUUUAUCUUGUUCAUGUGUUUCCGGAGCUCCGAUUCAUACCUACUCCUUUGGGGAGGUUACCUAUAAGUCAAGCAAACCCGGAGCAGAAAGAAAGUUACGUGAGUGAUGAACGAAGCAAGAGAGCCGAAUACCUCCAAAAGUUUCUCUCUUUAUGCUCGUCUUCAAAGGUUCAAGUUGAAACUGUGCUUAUUGAGAGUGACAUGGAGGCAAAAGCCAUUCUUGACCUCAUUCCAAUCUUAAAUAUAAGAAAGUUAGUGAUGGGUGCCACCAAAUCAAACCUAAGGAAACUUAAGAGUAGCAGCAAGAAAGGGGGCGGAGGGACGCUUGAUCAAAUACUACAUAACGCGCCACACUUUUGUGAAGUCAAAGUCAUAUGCGACGGGAAGGAAGUAUCAUUGCAAGACCAGUUGACCAACGAGCCACCCGGCUCUCCAUACUCGGCUGCUCCUUCUCCACGUGACACCCCCCUAGAACCGAUGCAGGACCAUACCAACAGCUUUGUCAGAUGCGGCUGCUUCAAGCUCUGAAAAUUUGUUUCUAUAGGUUGUAUUGUUGUAUACAUUUAUAUAUAAAACUCAAAAAGCACAACACCUCAUUUGUGACCAAAAAAAAAAAAAAACCAAUAAACAAAGUUGUCUUUGAUGUUUAUAUGUU